AUGGUUUACGAAGAUGAAGACGACGACGAGUGGCUGGAUGAGUCGACCAGCAUCAUGUUUGCCAUGGCAGCUGAGGGAGAACGCAUCCGGAAGUCUCGCCAGCGUGGCAGGAGCAGCCUCACAAGAGCUGAUCUCCCGCGAAAUCCGCGUCAUGGGACAUCAUGGGAAUGCAUAUACGCUGCUGGCAACGACGCCGUGUUUAUCAUCACUACUGGCUUUGAUGUUGCAAGCUUCCACUUCCUGCUCAGACUGUUUACCGUGUGCCGAUUCCUCGGAGUGACGUUGAUAUUGAAGGACCGCUACGUGAACUUUGGACUGAGAAUUCUCCUCGAAACAUUGAAGAUAAUACCGGAAGGAAGGAUUGAAUGGCCCAAGACCCCUACAAAGUUUGCGUACUACGCUGAGCUUAUUGCAGCUCGCCAUCCAAGUCUUCACGGCGCGUUUUGUUCUAUCGAUGGAGUAAAGAUUCCAGUUGCUGAAUCAUUGGACGAAGGCACUCAAAACUCCCGGUACAACGGAUGGACAUGUUCGCAGUACUGCUCCUCCGUUUUCGUGUUUGCUCCAGAUGGAGCAAUUCUUUGUGCACUUUUGAAUGCCCCUGGAAGCUGGCAUGAUGCUGCUGUGGCACAAGACUUGUACGGCAAACUACUGAACAAGACUCCCGAGGGAUAUUUUGCUAUCGCUGACUCUGCGUUCCCGAGGUCUCACCGAGGUCUCUCCAGUCGAAUUAAAACACCUCUAAAGAAGCGAUCUCGUCAGCCGCGCAUCCUACGAGAACAGGGCUGCUUGAUGAAUUGGAAGGAUCGUUUGCAAGACUCAAAUUGCCUCUGCCUGCCGAUGAUGGCGAAUAUCGAGCCAUUGUUCUCGAAACCUGCGCUCGCCUUCACCAAAACGCUAUAUGAAGAGUUUGAAUCAAUGGUAUUCCGAGAAAUUCAAGCUUCGGAUCGUAUCAAACGCUACUAUGACGCUUUAAAUGAUGCUGUCGAGGAGUAG